AUGGAGUCUGUUCUAAACAGUGGACCUUGGUAUGUUAACGAGAGUAUUAUCGGGAUAGACAAGUGGUCUCCGAAUUUUGACCCAUCUUCUUUGAAAGGUUUGACAGCAUCGGUGUGGAUCCGAUUACCAAACCUCCCUUUACAAAGUUGGGAUAGAGUUAAUGUUUGUAGAAUUGCUUCAAUGGUUGGUAAACCUUUUCUCAUAGACGAAAACAUGUUCCAAUGGGGCCGGAGGGAAUAUGCUAGAGUUUGUGUCAAGAUCAAUUUGGAUGAUAAACUUGAACAGGGAGUUUGGGUUGAAGGAGCAAUGGGAAAAUUUUUCCAGAAAAUUUGUUAUGAGAGGAUUCCUCACAUCUGUUUCAAGUACGGUAAAGUUGGACAUGUGGAGAAAAAUUGUGGUAUUGUAAGUUUUGAGACUGGUCCUAGCCAUGGUGAAUCCCAAGUUGCUAAGGAGGAUGGGGAGUUAAAUGUUUUUAGAAGUAAUUCCAAUAUGGUGAAAAACUUACAUUCCAAUGUCAAUAGAGAAGGUUAUGGUCCUUGGAUUCAUGUCGAUUAUGGGAAGAGAAGGAGAAAGAUUAACAACUUUCAGAAUACAUGGAGAACGAUUCCAAUCCAAGAUAAUAAAACUAAAGCAGCUAAGGAGGUGAUUAAAACUCAAAAUGGAGACAGUAAUAAUUCCUUGCUACCAGUUACAAAGUAUCAAACUGAAGGGAAGUGUGUUGAUAGAUAA